AUGAUUUUCAAUUUGUUGUAUGAUCUGCAAAGGCCGCGCAGGCGAUCUGGGUCGAGCAUAGUGGUCCUAGGAGCCGAAGAGGAAAAGCGACCGCCCCCGGAUGACGACAAAGACAUGCUCACGAUGCUCUCACUCACAUCUGAUACCGGUCCCCACCGUGAGAUGGCGGUGGACGUUCCGGACAGUUUCAUCGCGAGGAACAAAACGCCUCCCCGCUACCCGCCUCCUCGGCCCCCGCAGGUACGCCUUCGGACCUCCAGGGAUGAUGAGCCUCUUCUCUCCUCCGGUGGCUCGGGCACCAGCUUUGGCAGCAAGCAAAGCACAGUUCUGCACACUAUUGACAUCUCUACACCCAGCUCCGACGGGUCAGGCAGCUUCAAGAACAACAGCACCAUAGAACUUCUAUCCCUUCCACAAAGCUCCGAUGGCUCCGGUAGCUUCGGUAGCAAGAAAAGCAAAGGAUCCUCAGAAACAGCCAAAUGUGGAGACCUUAACUCGGAACGAUCCGAUUCUGUCGCCUCAAACAAUACUCACAAUUUGAGCGACCAUAAAAUCCAGCUCCUAAUAUCAAACGGCGAGGAUUCUUUGAUAGAUUGCAGAGAGGGGGUUACAUACUCGGCACGGACAGAUUCUGUGUUGAUCAGGGAGGCUGUGUACGCGUCGUACAAGCUUCCUCCCGGAUUUGACACGACGCCAGUGCUCCUCGGGAGGGAGGUGGCCGUGGAUGUUCCUGACACUUUUGUCCAAAUUGUGAAAACGACACCUAAGUACCCGGGUACCGCUACCGUGGACAGAAAGAGCGUGGCGUUCCAGCAGGUGAAUGGGACGGCGAAGACGGUGGCGCCAGCGGUGCCCCCUCGCGACAGUGCGCGGGAUGCACCGCCCCGCCCACCCGCACAUGACAACGUUAGCAAGGAACAAAUGGACUCAAUCAAGAAGUACCAGGUCAGUCAACCUUACAUAUAACAAUGAACACGUUGUUUCACACUCACACUCGUUUGUCACGCUAAAACUCGAAAACGGCUGGUCCGUUUUGGAUAAUUUUGUACUUCAAAUAUUCGUUGAAGUUCAGGGAAGGUUUAAAGGAUUAAAGUUAUAUUUGAGGCGGUACGGCAUUCACCAAAUUUAAGUUAAGAAUCAUCUAAAGGGU